AUGUCUUCUGGUGCAGGUAGCGUCCGUCGGCAGGCUUCAGCUGCUCCUGGUCCCAAACCGCCAUGCUCAAUUCACCCGUCAGCCAUAAUUUCCGACAAGGCCGUGAUUGUUGGUACGCAUCCCGUCUCGAUUGGUGAGAACGUGGUACUGCACCCGUUCGCAAAAAUUGUAUCAAACACAGGAGCUGUUCGCAUAGGGAAGAAUUGUGUGGUUGAAGAUCGGGCUACUGUUGGCUUGAGUGACAGCCCUGGAGCUUUCGCCGGAACAACGGUCGAACUCGAGGAAAGUGUCAGCGUCGAGAGCGGAUCAAUUGUGCAGGCCGAGAAGAUAGGGACUGGCAGCACGGUUGAGGCCAACUCAACUCUAGGACCUGGCGUAAUCGUAGGCAAGUUCUGCAAGAUAACUGCAUCUUCCAGCAUUCAAUCAGAAAACCUGCCUGAUUUCACUAUUGUCUACGGCGGAAAUGCCAGACGCAUAGACACUACUGCAAAAAACCGACCAGAUGUCAGAGACCUCAAACUCAAGGGCCAAGUGAUGCAUAUCGAAACAUUGAAGCGGUUGGUACCCAGCAAUACCAUGAAAUGGCUGUCUUAA